GAGCGCGCCCUGGGAAAGGUGGUGAAGAGUGGGAUUGGGAGCGUACCGCGCAGGCGCAGCCCCCGGGAGGGCGUCGCGGGCCUGGACCCCGCUGCGGCCGUCACCGCCGAAACCGCCCGCCUCCAAGCGGCUCGGAGCAGCAUGGUCCCAGCGUCAGAACCCACUACCCGAAGUGGCUGCAGUCCUCGGCCCCAGGCUCCCGGAAGUAAAACCUCGCGCUCCGGAAGCGAUCCCCCGGGCUGCGAACGCCCUCCGUCUGGAUUUUGGUGUGAGACGUAGAGCCGAGCGACAAAGGCCACGAACGAGAUGCCGGUGGCCGUGGGUCCCUACGGGCAGUCCCAGCCAAGCUGCUUCGACCGCGUGAAGAUGGGCUUUGUCAUGGGUUGUGCCGUGGGCAUGGCGGCCGGGGCGCUCUUCGGCACCUUUUCCUGUCUCAGGAUCGGAAUGCGGGGUCGGGAGCUGAUGGGCGGCAUUGGGAAAACCAUGAUGCAGAGUGGCGGCACAUUUGGCACAUUCAUGGCCAUCGGAAUGGGCAUACGAUGCUAACUAGGGCAGUGGUUGCCCACUACUUCUACAUCUUCCUAUCCAUCCUGGCCCUUGUACCAUAAUAAAACAAAGUCUCUUCUUCUCA